GGAAAGGGCAACCACUCGGUAUCUUAGUGGAUAUUUUAAAGUCCAAACAAUUUUCAAAAUUUCAAUUACAUGGCAUGAAAAAUCUCAACUUGCUUUGUAUUAUGGGAAGGCUUGGUGACCGCUCACAUGGUGCAGAAACGGCAAUAUGUCGGAACGUAAAGUGCUCAACAAAUAUUAUCCUCCAGAUUUUGAUGCUUCUAAAAUCCCCAAGCUUGGACUUUCUAGAGAUCGUCAGUAUGUCGUGAGACUUAUGGCUCCUUUUAACAUGAGGUGCACAACUUGUGGAGAGUACAUUUACAAGGGAAAGAAAUUUAAUGCAAGAAAGGAAACAGUUCAAAAUGACACAUACCUUGGACUUCUGAAAUUUCGGUUCUACAUUAGAUGCCCAAGAUGUAUAUCAGAGAUAACUUUUAAGACAGAUCCUGAAAACACUGAUUAUGUUUGUGAGAAUGGAGCAACAAGGAACUUCCAAGCCCAGAAGCUAAUGGAAGAUGAAGAGAAUAGAAAACAAAAGGAAGAGGAAGAAGAGGAGCAAAACAAUCCCAUGAAGGCCUUGGAGAAGAGAACCAAAGAGUCCAAACAGGAGAUGGACAUUUUAGAAAAGUUAGAAGAGUUACGGGAUUUGAACACAAGACUUGCUAAUGUUGAUUAUGAUACCUUGUUGGAGCUGAAUGCAAAGGCAGCAGAAGAGAUGCGAGCCAAAGAAGAGGAGGAGGAUGAGCAGCUAGUCCAAUCCAUAUUUGGUAACCAGAAUAUCCAGAGAAGAUUGGAGGAUGUUAGUGAUGGUGAUGAAGAGGAAGGAGAACAGAAGUCAACCGGAAAAAUUGAGAAAAGAAAAGCCACAGACAUUUUGGCAGAGGAUGUCUCCAACACAUCUCAACCAGCUCAGAAAAAACAGAAGACCCUAAGUAAUGUUGGCAUUGGGAAACUGAAGAACAAAUCACUACUGUCAUCAUUAGUAAAAGUUAACAAGGACAAAGCUAAAGAACAAAAAGUUCCAGGGAAAGCAGCCGUUAAGCCAGGAACAGCCUGUUCUGAACAGAAAGAUGUGAUACAAAAUUCUCAUAAAGACACUGUCAAGAUAGAUGAUGUAAAUAAAGCUGGGACAAAUGGAUCAUCACUAGGAUUGCUAGGGAACUACAGCAGCAGUAGUGAAGAUUCUGAUCACUAGGGUCAAGAUUAUUAAUUUUGUAAGUUUCAAAAAAUGACAGGUGCCCCAAUAAUUUUUUUUUAUUAAGUAGAUAUUCAUUCAGAGGGAAGAGUCAAAGGUCAACAUAUUAAUAAAGUAUUUGAUUGCAGGCUCUCCACGUAAAUUCUUGAAUGUAUGUUGGGGGUGUACUGCUGGAUUAUAAUUUUAUACCUACCGGUAAUUUACUCUUUCCAUUUAAACAUUCAUCUGCGAAUGGUGUUUAAAUAAACAAAUCAAUAUACAAGCAGGAGUUCACUAUUGUUUAAUUCUAUAUUAGGUGUUACUUUUAACAGUGGGUUAAUUUACUUAAAUAGUCUCUUUGACAAUGGUUGCUGUGACUACACUUAUCUAUCUUUUUUUUCAAUUGGUUGCCACUGCUGCUCAGCAUCUUUUCUACAAGAUCAUACUACUUAUUUCAUUGUAGAAAAUAUAACUGAAAAACACGUCUACGGAAAUGUGCAAGACAUGAAAUAAUCUGUGAUCGUGACAAAAGAGGUGUGCAUGGAAUUAAAACCUGGUAAAUGCUGUUUGAAAGCAGCACAGAGCUAAAAAGGAGGGAGAAUUGGGACUGAUCACAUAAUAAAAAGGUCUCUAAGUCUCAUUAAAUCUUUUGCACUCCUAAGAUCACAUUAGUAAUUCUCCUUACAGUCUGCUGUACAAUUCUCAUGUUGUUGGUUCAGAGAAUUUGGUAUUGGAUCAACUAAUAAUGCCCUAAUUGAUAUUUUUCUUUAUUCUCAUCACUUGUCUGCUUGAUAUUGUAUUGAUAAUGUAAGGAGAAAUUAUGUCUUGGUCACUCCUGGGAGUUAAGGAGUUAGCGACAUGUAAGUACAUACAUAAGUUAGAGUAACUUUAUGCAAAAAUAGUUAUGUUUAGAAUGCAUGAAAAUGGUUUGAAGAAACAUGCAAUAUACAUUUCUGAAAAUACCAUCAAUGAAAAGAUUAUUCUGUUAAUGUAGCCUGUUUCAUCUCAACUGCACAGAUAACAUUUAAAAAUAAAACAAAA